CCUCAACACAUAAUGGCGGACGCAUCCGCGCAACCAAAACCCAGCAGCAGCGUCAAGCUGGUGCUGCUCGGCGAGGCUGCCGUCGGAAAGGUGCGAUACUAUGACGGUCACCAGUGUGAACGUGCAGUAUUAAUUAAUCUCAGUCCUCGCUGGUCAUGCGCUUCGUCAACAACGACUUCCAAGAAAACAAGGAGCCGACGAUAGGAGGUGUGCAGCUCUCGUCCCCCAAGCGCGCAAGCAUAUACCGUAUCUAACAUAAGUAUAGCUGCCUUCCUCACACAGAAAUGCAACCUAC